UAGAGAAGCUAACAAGUGUUACAGGUGUUCAGUUUUGCUGUAGACAAGUUUUAUUUAGUUGGAGAAAAAAUGAAAAUUUCUUACAUGAAAAUAUUUUGGUGCUUAAUUGUUGUUUUGCAACAACGACAACAACAAGGAUAUGGCCAGGAAUUGGGCAAAUCACAGGCCAAUUCAUAUUUUUAUCUUAAACAAAAUGGUGGCUAUGAAUAUGCCUUCAAUACGGAUACCGGUUUACAAAGUGCUCAGACAGCAGAUCAAGCCAACGAAGUGACAGGACACUAUAUGUACUAUGAGAAAGGAGUACCAUUUAUGGUUAAAUAUAGAGCUGGCCGUAAUGGUUAUCAACCGGAAAUAAUACCAGCUGAAAAAUUAAUGAAUGGCAAUUUUAAAAGUUAUAGUGCUCCUGAUAAUUCUUUAAUAACUCGUGAUUUGAGAACACCUUCACAUCAGGAAGCCAAUGCCAAUGGAUAUAGGUUGACAUCAACAAACUCUCUACAAACUCCCAAAGUGUCUUCGUUUAAUAUUGGUUCGGACUCAACUUUGAAUUUUGUACAAAGUGCUUUGAAAACCAUGCAAACUCAACCGAUGCAUAUGUCUUUUACCUCUGAAUUGGGACAAAUACAACAUCCUGCUGUACACACCACUACCUCCUCUAGACCAGUAACAACCUCCACCAUUCUACAGCCAGUUACACGCAAUGAUGUUCAGGAUAUCAACAAUUUGGCUUUGCUACCCUCUUCCUCUAUAUCGGAGGCAAAACAUCCCUAUAGUUUUAACUAUAAUGCCGAUCAGUCGGCACGUUCCGAAACCUCUGAUCCUGCUGGCAAUGUUGUGGGCAGUUAUUCCUAUUACGAUGAGGCUGGCUAUCAUGAUAUCUCCUAUAAAGCCAAUGAUGAUACCGGUUUUGUAGUCUUGGGUGGUAAUUUGGCUCAUAAUCAAUUGCCCGCCCCAUCACAUCAUCAGCCUCAACGUAGACAACUGUUUCGUAAUAGUAAUUUUAAUUUCAAUAACUAUAGAAUCACUGCAGAUCCACGCUUAAGUUCUAAUGCCUUAGAUGAACGUAAUUUGGGUAAACGUUCGCUGCGCAAUGCUGUAGAUGAUCGUGAUACGGGUAAACGUUCUUUGCGUAAAUUUAGACGUUAUGCUAAGUGGUAAAUUUGGAAUUUGUUUUAAUUUUUGGUUUAUCCCCUCUCUUUCUCGCUCUAUGGACUGUUAUGAAAAGAAAAAACUAUGUUUUUUAUUUUAAUGUGAAAAUGUUAUGAAUUAAAUAGAAUUUUUAUUUAACUAAGUAUUAUUUAACUUUUUUUUAAGUAAAGCAAAAGAAUCAUUAUGAAAAGAUGCCGUGAUUC